CUUCGUGAGCAAAGAGUAGCCCAGUAAAGCGAUGACAAAUCUAACCACAUCUGCCAGGAAAUCGUCUGGCCUUCCACAAAAAUCCCAUCAAAACAGAUAUUUUUUUGGUGGCCAAACGUAAUGAGAUAGUGUGAGCAAGCAAAAUCAGAAAUUCGCUGGGCAUGGCGAAAUUGAACUGUCUGUUAUGGGAAAGAGCAUGCUGUCUAGGUGGAAGUGGACAACAUAAUAACCCCAAAAUAUGGGCCUGCAGGAAAUUGAACCAGGUACCCACAGGCCAAAAUCAUCGUUCAAAUCUCCUAAAACUUACGGUGGUUGCAGCGACCGAGGGCUCUGCCAAAUCGAAAGAGACGGCAGACGAAAAAAUCCCGUCGUGGGCGAGGCCCGAUUCAGGCGAAACUCCCCCCUGGGCUCGCAAUGAAUUUCAGAAGGACAAUGAAGCCGAGAAGCCAUUUCAGAUUCCCUUUUAUGUCUACUUGCUUUCCUCUGCCAUUGUCGCCAUUGCCGCGGUUGGUUCUAUUUUUGAAUAUGUGAAUCAAAACCCUAUAUUUGGAGUUGUGAAUCCUGAUAGUGUUUUCUAUGCUCCUGUGCUUGGGUUCUUUGCCUUAACUGGUUUACCUACCUCUGGCUUCCUGUGGUACAAGUCUAUUCAAGCUGCAAAUAAAGCAGCAGAGGAACAGGAUAGAAAAGAUGGUUAUUGAUGACAGUUUACUGUUCAGUUAGAUACAUCGAUGACAGUUUACUGUUCAGUUAGAUACUUUUCUUUUAUACUUGUGGCCUUCCAAUAUUCACAAGGUAUAUACAGACUAAAUGUAAAGAAGCAAUUGCAUAUUCUUGAUGUUCAUUCUUUUUGUAUGUUAAUUAUUAACUUUAUUUUAUUUCGUAGAGGUCAAAGAAUAGCUGCGUCCAUAAAAAUAUUUGAUAUUUAAUUUAAUAAAAAAAUGUGCAUUUAUCCA